UCCCCCUCCCCCUGCGCACGAGCCGCCGCCGUCUCUGGGGCUGUUGGCGGUAAAGGUGGAACCAGUUUGAAAUUCUGAGGCUGGUCGGAGCGUGCCCGGAGCGGCUGGAAAGAAAAUCUUCAAGGACAUUUGAACCACAGAAGAUGCCACACAGGUGCUUGGUGCAAGGGUAUGAAAAUGGCACAGUAAAGAAUUGUUUCAUUUCUGGCAAGACAUUUUACCUGGAUCUUCCAAAUAAUAAAAACUCAAAGUACCUGGAGGACAUUGUAAAGAAAUUGGGAGGGACAAUAGAAAGUUUUCUCAGUAAAGAAGUGAGUUACGUGAUUUCCAACAGCAAAGAGGCAAAGCUGCAGAAUGCAUCCGUCAAUUUAGCACCUAUUCCAAACAGAGACCAGAUAAAAAACAAUCCAGUUGGUACCCCUCAAUCUGUCGGUCCCAGAGAUAGCCAGAUGUCUGUUUUUCAGAUGCAGAUCAGCAGGGGAAAACGAUUACUUGAAACGGUGAUCAAGAAUAAUGAAUGUGGUGGUAGUAACAGUAUUUUGGUCAACGCACGUUCCUGGGGAGUGAAAAUCCUACAUCUUGAUGAUCUACUGGAACAUUUUGAAAAAAGAGGUGUUAAAUUACUACAUGCCAACAGAAAAACUGAGGGAAAUGGAUGUUUGCCUAAACCCAUGUGCAAGAAUACAAAAGCAGUGGGAAAACUAAAGCAACCUUUUCUUAAAAUUGAAGACUCCAGUCGGCAUUUUAGACCUCUCUACCAACAAUAUAUAAGCUAUCCAGAACUUAACUAUGAAUCUCGUAGAGGAUUCAGUGCAUUUGAUCCUCUGAAGAAAUCUGAGAAUGCACAUCAGGAACAAGGAAAGAGUAAACUUAGGGGCUGGAGAAUGACUAACAGUGAGAGAGAUGAGGAAUCUCUCACAAAACCAGCAGCAAUGCAUACAGAGAAAAAACGACAGCAACGAUUCUGUGAAUGUUGCCAUGAGACAUUCUACAACCUUGUUGAGCAUCUUCUCUCCAAGCAGCACCAAGACUUUGCCAGUGACCCCUCUCAGUUUGCAGCCCUUGACAAUAUUAUAUCUCAAUUAGAAAAUGAAUUUGUAGAGUACCAAAGUGAUGGAUACACCCAUCGAUCCAUGAAACCUGCUUCAAGCUCUGGAAUUUUACUGUCCAAAAUGUGUGCAAAAUCGAUACAGGCUGUUAAUGACUUUGUCCUUGGAGAAGACCGAUGUCCACUUGAGCCUAUGGCUGCAAGCCAACAGAUAAACCUUCCUGUAAAAAAUCUGGAAAGAACUGAUGAGCACCAUGUGAAAUCUGAUAAAACAAUAGAUAAGCCAACUGCAGAAAGCCUGGAACUUAAUGGACACAGAUCCUGCCCCCUUCAGCAGGAACAUGAACUGGCAUCUUUGAGCUCCCUGAGUCAAAUAACUGCAUGCCCUAAACAGUUGGAGGUAAAACCCCCAGGUUGUAUUUUACUAGACUUCAACGCAGGAAUAUCAGCAGAGAGAACAACUUGCUACAUUGUUAAUGAACAAAUAGGUGAAGUUAGUAUUGUGCAAAAAAAAACAUGCGGUGCUGACAAAGGUGAAAUUUCAGAUGAAGAAGAGCAUGUGAAAUGUACAUCGUAUGAAACUUCGUAUUGUGUAGGGGCAAUUCCUAACUCAUGGAAGGCUGCUUGUGAUAUAAUUACAACAAAUACCAACUAUAGUUUUAAAAAACGCAAACGCUCUGACAACACCAAAUCGCAAAUUGAGAGAAGCCCAAAAUGCAGAUUGGAUGAUUUGACUGGUGUAUGUGAUAGUUUCUCUUGCCCUAAAAGUGGCAAUUGCCUUACCAGUAAUUUCAAUGAACACAUUUUUCAACCACAUACCAAAUUGCUUUAUUCAUCAAAUCUGAAUAAAACUUCUGCUCAUUCUUGUGUUGAAAAGAACAUGUUCAAUGAACAUGCAGAAGAAAACAUCUCCAUGGGAGAGCAUUUUGAUUUAACUGGCAAUUUCAGUUUACACAGGCUUUUGAUGAGUAAAGAAAGACUUGUAAACUUGCAAAGCAGUGGAGCCAAAGGUGAAUGUGAAAACUGGGGGAAGUCACAAAUCGUCAUUUUGGAUUCAGAAGAAAAACCAAGCAACUUAGCAAAUACCACAUCUGCAGCUGAUCGACUUGAUCAACCCAGGGGACCUCUGCAUUUUGGAGAGCAAAUUGCCAUUCCUUUAAGCGGAGCGAUCAUUCAAGCUGAAAAAGAUUUGCUGUCCCCUCUUCAAAAUAUGGAAAGCUUGACUUCUCAAAGCAAUCGAGUUGUUUGUGAUGUUGAAGCUGAAAUUCAAAACACAAAUAAAGAAAUUGAACAGUCAAAUGUAGCAGGAUAUACUGCAAUGCAGUUACUUUCUUCCUUUAACUUCAAUGGCCAGAAAUCUUUGGGAUCUGAUGCUCUCCUAUGUACAAAAGCUGAUUUUCAAGUGGAUGACAGUAGAUGUAAAAAUUCUGUCAAUCAAACUAACUUAUAUCAAUCUUCCUUUAAAAAUAGCACAUUUCACACAGAUACCUUUUCAUCAGAAUCUGAAUGGGAUAUUCAGUUGCCUUCAAGACUUGACAAUAGACAAAUUAAAGACCAAUCUGUUGACUUGGAGAUCUUGCGAAAGACUUGUGUUAGUGUGAAAGAUGCCAAGUAUGAGACACAGUUAUACUCUGUACUCAAGGACAAAGCUGGAGUAGAUUGGACCAAAAAAGAAGAGAAAUGUCUCGUGAGCUGUCAAACAAAAACAUGUACGCCAUGUUAUUUAAAACUUAUGCCCUAUCUGGACAGUUAUACUAAUUAAUAAUACUGUGCCAAAGUUAUUUGAACGAUUCAAUUGACUCUUUCAUUACACUUUUCAUAAAUUGUAAAUGAUUUUACUUCUGAGAGCUAAUGGGUUCAUAAAUCACUUUGCAAUCAUUAUUAACAUUCCAAGUCCCAGGUUAAAUUAGUUAUGAUCGAGUUUAUAUUCCAAAAUAACA